GGCAGCUGUAAACAUGGCGGAGGAGCUGCUGGAGGUGGUGGAGAAGUUACAGUCGCGACUCUCAGACAGCCAGGAGUCUCGUAAGCUCCUGAAGACACUCAAGAGGCUGGGGGAGCUGCCUAUGACUGUGGACAUCCUUGUUGAAACUGGGGUUGGAAAGACAGUAAAUUCUCUGCGCAAACAUGACGUUGUUGGGGAGACAGCAAAGAACCUUGUGGCCAAGUGGAAGAAGCUGGUACCCCAGUCUGCAGAAAGAACUAGUAACACAAAAGACACACGCACCCACUCACGAACAGACAAGACCAGUGGAUACAAACGCCCCAGACAACCUUCACCGCCACCAGUAAGGGAAGAGGAGGAUGAUGAAGAAGAACAUCAGCACACCUACUCCCCGUCACCCAUGCAGCACUACAGCCCACAGUACAGCCAUGAAAAUUUAGGAGGUUAUCAUUCAGAGGAGUACGAGAGUCCAGCAGAAGAGCCAGUACCUAGUCCCCCACGGAAACAAAUCAGACAGAAGGAACCAGCACGAGAUCAUAGCUCCUCCAGGGAACAAGCAAGACAGAAACGACACACACAGGGUCAGAGUGAGUCUCGAAUACGCAGCGAGGACAGAGAAAAGAAAGGAAGUGCAACUCACACGCCAUCCAAACAUAGUCGGCAGUCCACCCAACUAGAAAGUAAGGGAGAAAAGAAAAAAGUCAGUGAUGGCAGAGAAAGACGAGAGAAGCCACAACCAGUGUCAGAUAAUAAUGACGACGAUGAUGAUAAUAAAGCUCCCACCAUGUCUUUUGAAUCAUUUCUGUCAUAUGAUGAACCCUCGUCUAGUAAGAAAAAGAAGAAAGCUCCUCGACCGUCUCAGCCUGUUACUUCUGCUUCUUCAGGAUCCUCCAAGUCUGGCAAAGCUAAUGGAACUUGCUCUAAACAACCUAAGCCAUCUACUAAACCAGUAUCCAUACCCAGAGUGCCAGAGAAACGAAUGAAGGUAAUUGAGGUUAUGCCUAUUUUACCUGAUAUCCCUUUGCCAGCGAUUCAGCCCAACUACAGACCACUGCCCUCAAUAGAUGUCACCCCAUUGUCCCCUCAAAGACGCAAAGGUCCUGUAAUGUGUGAUGAGGAGGAUGCUGGCUUUACUGGACGGCGCCUUAACUCCAAAAUGGUGGUGUACUCUGGUUCAAAGACUUCAUACCUGCCUAAAAUGAUGACCCUGUAUCAGCAGUGCAUUAGAGUUUUGCAGAACAAUAUUGACUCAAUUGAUGAAGUUGGCGGGGUGCCUUUUGAAAUCUUGGGGCCUGUUUUAGAGAGGUGUACUCCAGAGCAGCUGUUUCGUAUUGAGCAGUGCAAUCCGGAUUUUACUGAGGAAUCGGAUGAUCUGUGGAUGCGACACUGCCAGCGGGACUUUAAGACUAAGUCUCCUCAAGAGUACGAGUCCUGGAGAGAAAUGUAUCUGCGCCUAUACCAAGAACGGGAAGACCAUCUACGCAAGCUUACAAAGAACAUCAGCUCAGCCCAUGCCAAUAAACCCAAAGGUCGACAAGUAAAAAUGGCAUUUGUAAAUUCAGCAGUCAAGCCCCCUCGUGAUGUUCGAAAGAGACAGGAGAAAUUUGGCACGAAAGACGGUUCCACCAGCAGUAGCAAUUCUGCUGCCGCUCCCAUCCAAGUCAAAAUCAGACCAUCAACGUCAUAUAGCUCCCACAGUCAGUCGAAUAACAAUGGCCAGUCCUCCCACAGCAGCCCUGCCGAGUCCUCUUAUUCUCAUGUUCCCAGCAGCAGUGCCAGCCAUAGUUCCAGAGACAAACCACAGGUCAAAAAAAUUGCCCCAAUGAUGGCUAAAACUAUUAAAGCCUUUAAAAACAGAUUUUCACGGCGGUAAAGGAAAAAUGAGACUGGUUUUACUUCCUAAGACAAAAAGUGAAGGCAAGAGGGUACAUUUACAUUACAGCAAAGCGUUUUUUUGUUUUAUCUCAGUGCAGAGGAUUGUGAGUGUGGAAGCAAAUAUCACUGGAUGAUGGGUGAUUAGUUUGUUAAAUGCCUCGUAGCAGGAUUUUUCCCCAGUGUUCCUCAUUUUCUAAUUACUGCAGUCUAAACUGUCUCUGCACACAACAGACUGAUAUUGCAGAGAAUACCAGGUCCUUAAUUACAGCAGCUAAAGUGGCUAAAGUCAUUUUUACAGACUUCUUCGCUCCUUCAAGAAAAUGAGCAAUUUUGCUUCACUGUAAUGUAAUGUACCCAGAAAAACUGUGGAUUCAUUUUUACUUUUAAGAAAUGCAUUGACACAUUGGUUAUUGUCUAUUUUAAAUACUUAUAAGCAUUACAUACAUGAAGAUCACUGGAAAACACAUGCAACAACAUCACAGAUUUUGAUCUAGGAUGUGGUAAUUUCUCUUACUUCAAAACAGUUACACACUGUACAAUACACUACACUACAAGGGGACAUUGAAUUUUAUUCUUUUUUGUGUAAUCUUUUUAAGCAAACCAUUUUGCAUAAUGGCAAACCACCCCUAAUAGUGUGAUUGUAAAUUUUGUUGUUUUAAUUUAAUUCACAGUUAUCAAAAUUCUGUCUUUGCUAGAUAUAUAUAUGUUGAGAGAGAAAGAGAAAACGAGGGUCAGUGAUCUGGACUGUAAAACAUCCACUCAGCUAUUUAUUUUUAAUCUAUGGACUUGGUUUGGUCUAACUUGGUCCUAAAUGGAUAAAAUGAAAGAUGAUGAAAAUAAUUUUAAUGCAUUUUAAUAAAUGUUAUAUGGACCUUUUAAUAAAGUCUACAUUUCCCCCUGA